AACAUCUACAUCUUCAACCUGGCGCUGGCCGACACCAUGGUCACCAGCACUCUGCCGUUCCAGAGCGUCAACUACCUGAUGGGGACCUGGCCCUUCGGAGACGUCCUGUGCAAGAUGGUGAUGUCCAUCGACUACUACAACAUGUUCACGUCCAUCUUCACCCUCACCACCAUGAGCAUCGACCGCUACGUGGCCGUGUGUCACCCCGUGAAGGCGCUGGACUUCAGGACGCCGCGCAACGCCAAGAUCAUCAACGUCUGCAACUGGAUCCUGUCGUCGGCCAUCGGUCUGCCCGUCAUGUUCAUGGCCUCCACCGCUCACACGUGUAAGCAGGACAAACCAGCUGAGGUUUAACAUGUGGCCCAGGGCCCAGGGACGGCCCACAUACGUAUGACGGUGCAAAUGAAAUGUUGACGUCCGAUACUGACUCAGCUGUUAUUAAACCGAGCUGCAGCUGGAAAAGUGUUUUUCUCUGGGUCAUUACCUGGUCGACAAGGAGUUAAACAACAGAGCAGAGAAAUGAAUUCAGAGGAAACAACAGGGAGGCAGAUUAGGUCGGUCGGUUGUAUUAUGUUUUUGGAGAACAAUCAUCUUCUCCAGCAGCGUCCAUAAAGAAAACAGCGCCCUGGAGAGAACUUCUGUGUAAUUGCAUACAAAUAGGCCGACGUGUUGAAUGGUAUAUUCUGGCUGGUGACAGCUGCAGCGAAGAGAAGGAGACAGGAAACGAUGUAAUGGUUUGAAAACUUCAGUCAAACUGAGUCACUUGUCCUUGAGUCUGUAAACUUUACCACAGCGGGACGAACACGGGCUGAAUGACAGAGCAGGAAAUACA